AGAAGUGGAAAACCGGAAACGUUUUAGGGAAAAAAACAAAUCAUCAAUAAAUAAAUAAAUGACAGCUUUAGCUGUUACUGUUUAGACAAUCAAUCAAAUAGCGAAAUUUUGCUAAACUUUUUAGUUUCCGAAAUUGUCUUAUUAAUAUGAUGUAACUUCAAUGAGUGUUUUAUGAUUAGUUUUGACUAAGUACAUUUACUCGCGUCGGCCUCCAUCUUUACUGAAAAAAACUACUCUAACAACCUAAUAAGCUGAGCCUAUUCUCAAAUGCUAUCUCGUGAUUGUGUGCUACAGAAUUGUUUUCAUUAGAAGACAGGAACUUUUAGUAUCCACUAAGGUCUAUCUGUGACUGUCUCUAAAUUUGGUCAUCUAGUGAAAGAUUAUAUGUGAAUGGCUCUGUAAACCUUGACAUCGAAUGGAAAUUUAUGUGCAACUUUCUGUAAGUCUUUAAAAUAAUUAGAAAUCUAUGUGUGACUGUCUGUAAAUUCUGGCAUAAAGAAGGAAUUUAUAUGUGGCUCACUGAUAAGAAAAUUGUUAUUUUCUGUAAAUUGUGACAUCGAGUAUAAGUCUUUGUGUGGCUGACUGUAAAAUUUUGAUAUCUUGUAAAACUCAGAUUGAUUUUAAAAGCUGUAGAAAAUGACCUUGCAAUAUGAGCAGUUUAAGAAGUUUGCAUCUGAAUUUGUAUCAAUAUCAUCAAAUCUUGGUGAUGAAUGGGUUUUAAAAAGUAUUAAAAAAGGUCCAGAAGAGGAGGUUUAUUUAGAAAAACGAAUCUUGAAACCUGACAAUAAAGAUAAUGAUAUUCCCGAUAUUGAUCGCAAUGAAAUCGAGCAAAUGUCGUCGUUUAAAAUAUUUGUCUAUCAUAUUAUUUACAGUCAGAGUUAUUCUGUCCCUGUUCUUUGUUUCAAUGCAAAUCAUGAGGAUGGUAAAUUACUGUCUUUGGAUGAAAUUUGGAAUGAAAUACCCAAAUGUUAUGGCAAUUUACCUGAAAAUAAGUGGAACAUGUUAACUCAGCAAGAACAUCCUAAACUUGGAAUACCUUGUUUUAUGAUUCAUCCUUGUUAUACAGCAGAUCUCAUGUCAGCCUGCAAAUCUUCAAAUUAUAUAAUCAGUUGGUUAAGUAUUAUUGGUCCAAUAGUUGGAUUAAAUUUAUCCUUACAGUAUGCCAAGUUUACACAAAAAAUGUAGCCAACAGUUGUUCAACUUUUUUAAUGUGAAUUUAUUUUACUCCACUGUGAUAUUUUUUAACAAUAAAUAUGUGUUUUGAAGUUAUAUAAUACUGUUGUAAUAUUGCUUAUUGUUUUGUAUUGUAAAUUAUGAUUUAAUAACAAAUGUUUGGAUUGGCAUCCAUUGGAGUUAAAUCCUUGCUAGACUUGCAGUUAUUGGGAACAUUUUCAUAUCAGUACGUUUUUGGCACCAGCUACAAUCACCAAAACGAAAAACUUCCAAAAAACUUUUUAACCUAGGGGUUUCUACAAAUUAUACCUUUUUAAAUGGUCCCCUUCUGUGAUAUAUAUACAUAUAUUUUUUUUUAAUUUCUUGCACACCAUAGUUCCAAUAUGAAAAUCAUCUACAAUAGUUUUUUGCUGUUAGUUUGAACCACCAUCAGCCAGGUAUCACAGCAGUCAGCAUGGAUGUUUCUCUCUGUGUGUUGUCCUCUAUUGUGCCAAUCAAUCCCUAUGAGUUGCCUGUCGUUAGGAAAAAAAGUUUGGUCUCCCCAAAGCAUAACACAGUAUCCCUUGCUUUUUGACUCACCAACAAAAUGUCAUUUCUGUCAAAUUUGAUAUCAUUUGUAAGAGCACGAACAUAUCUUAUAUUAUAAACUUGUACUUAAAUCUUUAAAAAGAAAUAAAUAGUUUUGCACAUUA